AUGUUGCUAUCCCCAGGCCACUCACCCCGUCAUCUCUCCACCCCUUCACCUUCUCCCUCCCGUUCCUCUGAUCCGAACCCUAACCCUAACUCUGCCGUGCUCUCAGCCUCCAACCCCGAUCCCGCCACCCGAAAGCGCCGCCGUAGCCCCACCGUCCUAGACGAGGACGCCUAUGUCGCCGCCAUCGAGAAAAUCAUCGAGCGGGAUUUCUUCCCGGACAUCCCCAAGCUCCGAGAUCGCCUCGACUGGCUGCAGGCCGUCCGAACCCACGACCCGGUGCUCAUUCGAGACGCGCAGCUCAAGAUCCUCGAACGACGUCGCCUGAGGAAAGUCGGAGGCUCCACCUCUGCCGUCGAUUCCAGCCGCCACGCCACAGUGUCCCCAGGUUCGUCUUUCCUACGGAAUACCUCUGUCACGCCAUCCUUAUACAACGAGCAGAAGGAGAAUCUUAUUGGAGACGAGCUCGAUGUAGACGGUGAUGGAGGAAAGGAGCAGGUAGACGUGUCCUUGUCCCUGGAUGAGUUUUUCAGAAAGUACACGAGCGAGGACAAUGAGAGCUUCUCGAAGAUUCUGGAGAAAGUGAAUCGAAAAAGGAAGGAAAAGUACGGGUACUUGUUAGAAGACGGAUCAUCUCAUGAAAAUUCUGGGAGUAACCUGAUUGAGAACGGCAAGAAACGGGAGAAAAAUGCUACUGAUGGCUACGGGACAUCAGAUCAGCCGGUGAGCACAUUAGAUGGCUGGAAAUACACUCCCAAGAACUUGCUGAUGUAUCACCCGGCCGAUAAUGGUGAGGCGCCCUUGACUGAGGAGGAAAGAGCCCUGAGGCUGAAAGCAAUGACCAAAGAGAUCAGCCAAUCAAACACGAGAUUCCAUGGAAAAUCAGCGGAUACUGAUGCACCAAAGGAUGACGACACUAUUGCGGUGCUCUACUCGCCGGUUGUGGGGGCCACUCCUGUUCAUAUAUCCAGUCGAGAUGGUGACAAGACAAAAAAAUACGACCUGGAUGAUCUGAGGAAAACUCCCAACAAAUUCUAUGUCGAGUCUGAGAAGAAAGCUGACAAUGGAUAUAGCUUUGUGAAGACGCCAUCCCCUGCACCUGGGGCAGACGAGUCCCCGUUCAUAACGUGGGGUGAAAUUGAGGGAACCCCUUUGAGGCUAGAGCCGGAGGAUACACCUAUUGAUAUUGGGGGCAGUGGGGAUGGGCCCCAGUUCAAAAUCCCGAUGCCACCUUCAAGGGAUGUGAAGGCACAUUCUUUGUCCCGGGAGGCUGCCAGGAAGCUCAGGGAGAGGUCGAGAAUGUUCCAGAAGCCUCCAUUGCCAUCCCCUGUUAGAGGAGGAAGCGCGAGUCCUGGGAAAAGGACGCUUUCGCCCGCGGCUCAGAAGUUUAUGAGGAAGGCUAUUGCAAAGUCUUCACAGUCGAUUGAUGAGUCCUUGAGAGCAAGUUACAGGAGUGGGAGCCCCGGGCUGGGUACGCCUAAGAGUGGGAGGAGUAUGUCUAGGUUGGGACGGGAUGGGAGCAUGGGUUCCAGGUCGCCUUCGGUGAGAGAAGGCUCCAAUCCACCUUGGUAA